AUGGCGUUAGAAACGAUGCCAGCGGGACCGAUUGUAACCGUUGCGAAGCGAGAUGUCUCCGCUGGUCGCCCGGGUUCCCCGACGGGAAACAACCUCGCAAUAAGCGACAAGGAGCUGAGGACAGAGGGGAACUCCAGCGAGGAGUUACCUCAGGCUUCUGAUGCUCGCGAAGAAAGGCGUGCGCGUGCCACACGAUACAAGAGGUCUAUCAGUUCAUCAUGGGGACUGGGGGAGGGGGUAACAGGACGAAUGACAGCAGUCGCUAUUCUCGGCCUGCUUUUACUGUCUAUCAGUAUACCUAUUGCAGUGUUCAAACUGCACAGGAUGCAGGGCGGGCGGCAUCAGCAUCCAUUCGACCUACUGCCGAUGCAUGAGCCCGAUGCGGCAGAGCAUCCGCCGCGUCACGACCAGGAUCCAGCGGCGGCCGGGGGUCCGGAUGCUCCUGCACAGGAUUCCCAAGAAGCAGUCCAGCUGCCUAUAACGCGGGACCUGCACGAGUCAUUCCUCGCGCUGAAACACACUGGCGACCACGGCCUGCUGUUAUCCGUGCGGGGCCCUGACUGGGACAGUUCUCGUGAGGAGUUUCUUGCUGCUUUGGACCGGGUUGCAGAUAUGUCCCCUUCUCUGUUCGAAAACACAUACAACAAGAGCGAGGAAACACUCCGCCUCAUGAUGGCCAUGGACUUGGCCUGUUUGGAGAACACAGCAGUCGAGACGAAACUCGCCAUUGAAGACGCCCGACCCGGGCACUCGGGGGGAUACACAGAGGAGAUGGCUGUGCGGUUUCAGCAGCACAUGCAAGCAAGGCGGAAGCAGGUAAAGGCGGUGGAUAUGUGGGAGACAGCGGUGGUGAACGACGAGCUGGGAGCUGAUCCCGCCCUGAAGGACAGUCUCAUGAAGCUGCUGCUGGCAGUACGCAGCAGAGCUGCAAGCAGCGAAUACCUAACUGCUGCUUCAGCAGAGGCGCUCUUCUCUUCAGAACCCAUCGUUAGAAGACAGGCAGAAGAAAACAGAAUUCAUGAGGGAGUCGCGUACCUCAUCAAGGCUGGCCAACUUGCGGCGAGUGACAUUUUAAUCAAGACCUAUGUGGCACCUGCUCAGAUGUACGUCAACAGUUUCUGCGGCUAA